GAGGUUCAAACUUCAGCAUUUUAUGUGAGGUUGAGGCAAAUCCAACUGCAAGUGUACAGUGGAUGGGAACUCCGAACAUUUCGUCUUCGCUAACAGUCGCAGAUAUACAGCAAGAUACAACUUGGACUUGUAAGGCGGUCAACAGUAUUAAUGAACUUCUUGGGACUACAAACGAAUCAGUGACACUAUCCGUGUCCGCAAUCGUGCUUUUUGGGCCAGACGUUCCAACUAUCACAUAUUCUAUUUUACCCAAUAUAUCUUACUCUGGGAUAGCUCGGGAUAAUAUCUCGUUGUUUGAGGGUAGUAGCGUGCAAGUUCUUUGUACGGCGAAAAGCCGACCAGCUUCGAUUAUUUCUUGGAGCCCAUACACCGACGGAGAUAAGCUCACUUUAUUUAAUAUCACACGAUCAACGCCCUUAAAUUACACAUGUAUUGCCACGAAUACAAUGCGUAGUACAAUGAAUGAAAGCAUGACUGCAGGAAACAGUUCUUCAAUAUAUAUUCGAGUUCUGCAUGGCCCAGAGAAUAUAUCGGCAUUCUAUAAUAAUGUCACGAAGAUUGACCGAGUUUUGAAAGUUAUUAAAGGGUUGUCAUUCACAAUAAAAUGUAAUGCAAGCAGUGAGCCACCUGCUAGAUUUUCGUGGUUUGGACCUAAGAACCAAAUUGGGAAUGUUCUUUUUGUAACCAGCGUUGACAAACUUUCGACUUCUCAACCCACGUGUUCUGCAGUAAACACAAUGGUAGAUAGCAUUGGAAAUAGAUUGAUCAAAUCACAGAAUCUCACAUUUUUGCUAGACAUACUGUGUAAGUAG